AUGGGCAUUAUGGCAUAUUUCAUCCGGCACAUCUCAAUCCGGAAAAGGGUUCUCAGGUAUAUCAAACAUCUUGGAGAUGCCAUCGUGCCUUGGGAUCCCAAGUCCGAAUUUUCAGCUUUAGACUCCGACUGUAGGGCGUGGUAUGCGGCAUUGCCCCCAAGCCUACAAUUUACACAGGCAGCAAUCUACAUCCGCAAAGAUACGUCACAGCUAGGCGCCCUUUGCUUGCUGCAUUGUGCCCACUAUCAGACCAUAUGUGAUCUGUAUCGGCUUGGAGCACCGGCCCUCUACAAGCUCCGCGCAGCCUUUGACUUUCCGCCGGAGCAGCGGCAUUUUCUUCGCCACCUCCAGCAGGUUCUUUUUGAUGCCGCCCGGUCUUUGGCGAGUAUUAUAGGAGAGACUGCCCGCCAUGGACCCCGCAUGUUGGCGGACUCCUGGCUUCCAACUAUCCUCUAUGACAGCUGUCGUAUCAUGAUAUACCACUUGACUCAGAUCCUCGAUCCGGAAUCGGAAUCCACAAAAUCGUUGAUAGUAUCAACGAUUCCCCUGCUUCGAGACAAUAUCAAAGGACUCAGGUUGAUGGGAUCCCUCAAUUCUAUUGCAAACUCAUUGGUUAGUCAAACUUUCUCAUCCAGCCCUCGGGCUCUGUGGGCCCUAGAGUGCUCAUUUACCCUUCUCGCUCAGUGCUCGGCGGCAGAAACGAUGCUUGAUAGGUCUGGUAUUGAGUCGGAGAUCGUCCGACAGAACAUCAUUCCAGAUGACCCAUAUCAGCCGAAUCAGGCUGCGGAUCCAAGUGAACUCUCCUUGGAUCCUCCAGUACAAAGUGCCCCGGAUUACGUGCUCAAUCCGUUAACCAUCUUUCGAAUGGCCCGAAAGUCUAUUCCGGAAAGACAUGCCCCAGAAACGGUUCGCACCUCCUCUGCACCCAGUAGUAUUCUUCAUGAUCAGAGUGAUGGUUUCGACCCCCCAUCUUGUGAAGCAUCCAACAAGCCAGGGCCUGGGGACACUUGCAUCGAGCAAAGCCUCGGACAGGCCAGUCUGGAAGAGCUACAAACCUUGUUCAUGUCGGAUUUGGGUUGGGCUUGGCAGCCCUCAGACACGGCAGUUGGAUCAGGAACCGAGGGUGCCGGUCUCCUCCCCUGGGCUGGAGGAAACACCACUUCGCAAGUGGAAUCGUGGCUGCCCGUGUUUCCUUUUCCUCAUAAUUAA